GUGGUUCGUCAGCACUCACGCUCUGGCACUUUGUUCGACACAAGCUUUCAAGACUGUGUCGGUGGUAGCACUGUGUUCUAGAAACUACAGUUUCGUCAUGUCAGCUCCUGGUCCAGAAAAUCCUGCUGUUGCUUCAAGCAACCGACGUCUGCAGCAGACGCAGGUCCAGGUGGAUGAGGUGGUGGACAUUAUGCGUGUUAAUGUGGACAAAGUGCUGGAGCGUGACCAGAAGCUAAGUGAACUCGAUGUCAGAGCAGAUGCGCUUCAGGCUGGAGCCGCCCAGUUUGAGACCAGUGCCGCCAAGUUGAAAAGAAAGUACUGGUGGAAAAACUGCAAGAUGUGGGCCAUCCUGAUUGCUGUUAUAGUGAUCAUUGUGAUCAUUAUUAUUAUUUGGGCUAAGUCAUAAAAUGACAGCAGGAAGAGGAGUGGAUAAAAUGGUGAAGUGAGGAGGAGCGUUGUCCAUAAUUAAUAUCUCAAAAGAAGUCGUCACUUGGUUACUGCCUGCUGAGCUCCACAGCCUUGUUCCCUGUCUGCAAGGGGUCUUCAUUCCUUGUCCUGAAUUAUCACCUCCAAUUCGGUCCAUAAAUAUAUGGAUCUUAACAAAGGUGGUUUGUUUAUUUUAAAGCUGUUUCCCUUAACAUGUUUACAUUGAAAGCAAAUUUCAUAAUAUCUGCAUUAGAAUUGUCUGAUUAGUGCAGAAGUUAUUGUGCUUUUCUGUGAUUUCUCCUCUAUUGUUAAGGGGCCAAAGGUCAUUCAACAACAAGCGUCUUCAUAAAUUCAAAUGGUAACUUUAUUGCUUGGAUAGAAUUGCUUGGCACUAAAUGGCUGCCUGUGUAUUGAUUCUCUUUAAGAAUUGAUCAGCUAAUUGAAAUUAUAUGAGGGAGAAAAGCAAAUGGCCAAGAUAUCUCCACAGGAAGUUUUUUGAUUAUUUUUGGUCCAUUACAGUUGAUGGUGAACACGUGAAUCCAGCUAUAAUUUCUGUACUGCCACUUGAUUUGGAUGCAUACACAGUAGUUUUAUUCUGAAAUACUAGAACACAUCACACAUUGCAGAAUUUUUUUUUUUUUUUUUUUUUUUUUUUUAAUAACUGUUCCCACCAUAUGGCAAAAACCAAAGUAAACAAAACAUCUACUCAUUCAGAAACCAGCCACUCAGACUCAGUAACCUCUUCAGAAUGACAUGUUGAAUGACUUGGAAGCAUUUUCCUAACAUUUAGCUACUGUGUGAUGAAGCCUUCAGCCUAUUUAAUAAGAAUAAAUUUUUGUCUGUAUGAGAAAGAAUACAGAAUUCCACCUCAGGACUAGAAGUGAAGGUUAUUGUUGUUCACUCAGUUUAUAUUUUCUUUUUUUUGUUUAGCCAUUGAUUUUGUAUGCAGGCUUGUAAAAGUGCCUUUUCUGGGUGCCUCUCUCUGUCACCAUUGUAACAGCAGUCCUGUAUUUCUAAUACACAUCAGCAUCACCUGAUCGUCCAAGUGCAAGAUGGUUGUCCUUUAAGGUCAGACUUGUUACACAGUAUGAAAUUGUUUUAAAUAUUUAUCUAAUGUAUAUAUCCACCCUCAAAGCCUUACAGCCAUUGUUUAAUAAAAAGUAGGAUUGUUUCAUAACUCUCAUCAGAAUGUGCCAGAAACAUUUCUUUUGAUUUUGAAAUAUUAAAGCAAACAGAAUAGCAUAUUUUUUUAAAGGAUGCCUUCAUAGUUACUGUUUGAGAACAGUUGUAGUACCUCAGAAUGUUCUCACCAUUCACACAAAUAUUGUGCCACUUGCUUUAGUCAGCUGUGUGUAUAUAACAUGAGUCUUGUGCCACUUAACACUGACAUUAACCUGUCUGUUCAGUGCAAACUCAUACAUAACAUGUUAAUUUAAAGUUCAGUUCUGUUUCACAACAAAACUUGUAAUUAACUAAUAUAGGGAAUCUGUACAGUGGCUAUAGAUUAAAAAAAAAAAGUACUCACCCACUUGAAGUUUUGCUUUUUGUUUUAUGGCGGCAGUAAAAAAAAAACAACAAA